AUGACGCAACACGAACUCGGCGACAUGGAAGAACUUCAAGAACUUGAUGGUGCCUUUGAACCUGAAAUGACACAACAGGAAGAAGAAGCGAGUAAGGAAAACUACAAGAAUGCCAAACUCAUGAACGCUUCCGGUCAAACCGACAAGGAACGUCGGCAGAUUCGCAAGUCUCAACGACUCUUGCAGAAGACCAUUGCAGAAGGAGGCGAAAGCUUGGAACUGGAAAAGGUCCGCGACGAGAACAAUGCCAUUUUCCGCAAAGUCUUGCACACUCGAGAAGCUGUGUUGGAUGGAGAGAAUAUAUAUUUGAUUGCUGGUCGGGCUAUCAAAAAAGUGGAUCGUCUCGUUCAGGCCCCCCGAUACGACGCCGAUCGACUGGUUUCCAAGCUAGUUCAAAAGUGUCGAGCCCCCGGUGGAUACUUUGACUGGGACCUGCUUGGAAGUCAAGCUGGUGUUUGUUUCAAUGCCGCUCCAUCCAAUGUGUCCUUUUUGAAUGGACCCUUGAGCGAUGGAAAGACUCUCCAAGUUAAGCAACGAGCCAAGCGCGCUCCGGUACAAGAAGACUCGGAAGCGGAAGAAGAGAAUCCGGAAGAAGUCAAGGGACACACUGCUCGAGAUGCAAACCAGCUCUCUGCGAUUGAACAGUCCAUGAAGGAUUUGCACAAGACCCUCAGAAAGCGAUGCAACGCAACCUUUACAGAGAACAAGCGAAAGUUGGAAGAAGCCCAUGAGGGAGGAGAAAUUCCACCCAAGCUAAAAAAAAAGCUCAAGAAAGGUGGAAUGAAAAUUGAUGCGGUGCAAUACCUCUUCAAUCCAAAUUCCUUUACGCAGACGGUGGAAAACAUUUUCCACUAUUCCUUUUUGAUCAAAAAGGGUUCGGCCAGCCUGAAAGCAGACAAGGCUGGAUUUGGGGAACAUGUGGGAGAAGAAGCUCCUGGAGGACUCUUUGCCAGGUAUAUACCGGAAAACACCGUUCAGCCCACUCCAAAGCAAGCCAUUGUGUCUCUUACCAUGAAGGACUGGCGGGAAUUGUGCGAGGCCCACAAUGUAACUGAGGGAGAUUUGCCCCACCGCAAAGGGUCCAAGAAAACAAAAAGAGCAGGCUUGUCCCAAACAUUGUCUCAAUCAUCAUAA